UAAUAAUUUUGAUAGAUAAAUCAAAUUAUUUAGUUAAAUUAUUAAUUAACAAUUAUUUCUCCUUUCGUACGUACUAAAUUUUUAAUGUAAAAUGAUUUUAAAUACAAUUCAAUAUUCAUUCCUCGUUUUAUUAUUAUAGUUUAUGAUUAAUUCUUAUACAGAAUUGUUGUUCAUAGAAAACAUCAACCAUUAAUGAUGGAUAUUUUAUUUUACUUCUAGUGGUAAUACUUAAUUAUUUUGAUACUUAUAACAUUCAUUGUGUAAUUGUUUUAACAAAAAAGAAUAAUAUCAUCUUCAAUGUGUACAUAAUGACAUUAAAACUAUCAUAGAUCAUCAUAAUUUUCUUGAUUUUUUUCUAUUUAUAUUUGUCAACAUCAUGAUGUAUUUUAUAUCGUAAACUGUUAACGUGGUGUAAAAAUACAUACUUGGUACCUAAAAAGCAUGAACAAUACUACUCAUAUCUAUACUUGGUUCUCAUUUAUGUUUGUAUAUGUAUUCUAGUUCAUAAGAACACUGUUCAAUUUAUCAAAAUAAUUUAAUACAACCAUGGAAUUUCAAAAUACAACAAUAGUGAAUACAGAUCUUUGCAGUGUUCUAUUAAAUUGGGUUAGUAUUGUUUUAGUUAAAAUUUUAAUUUAAACAAUUUAAUACAUUUUGUAAUCAUAUUCAAACAAAUAUGAAUAGCUAAAAUGAUUAACAAAACAUUUAUUAAAAUUAAAUUGCUUGUAAAUAACAAUGAUAUAUUAAUAAUUGAAAUUAAAAACCAUUAUAUAUUUACAAAAAUAUUAUAUAUUAUUUAUUUCAUUAGCUAAAUAAUUAUAAUGUAAAUCAAUGACUUGAAUAAGAUAAAAAAUGUCCUUAUAAAAUGUACAUGAACUUAUAUUUUUUUCAGUUGCAAACAUUAAACCUAAAAAAUCCUCAUAAAACAUUAUAUGAUAUAGCUGAUGGUGUUGCUUUAGCAGAAGCGUUGAAUCAGAUGUGAGUAUAUAACUUUACGUAUAUGAUAAAGUCUCAGGCAUAAGGUAUAACAUUUGUACCCUCCACAUAUUAUACCAUGUGAUUUUGUGUAUGUUACAACCCUUUUAUCAUAUCAUUAUACAAAAUAGAGACAAAUCUAUUCUAAGAAAGUUUUUAAAUUUAUAAACAUUUCAAAUGAUUUGUACAUUUAUUUACAGUUUUUAAAGGAGUUUUGGUGGUCAAUUUAUGAAAAUAAAAUGGGAAACUAUUUGUUUUUGCAAACAAUGUGAACAUAUUUAUUUAAAAAAAUUUAGUGAUUGAAUAACAUCAAUAUAUUCAAAAUUCUAUGCUAAAGAGCAAUUUUAAGUUUUUAGGAGACAAAUAGCUAAUAACAUUCAUCACACAAUGCACCGCGCAGCUCCAGUUACUUUAAAGCACUCUCAAUCAUUAAUUUUUAAAUAAAUUAAUGUUAUUCCAAUUGCUAUAAUGUAUGAAAAAAUAUCAUCCCAUUAUGUUUGCAAAAUAAUGUAGGUGUUUCCAUUUGAAUUAGAAAAGUUGACCCCAAACUCCCCUCCCUAUCCUCAAAUGACUAUAAAAAAAAAUAUGUUUAAACCAUUUUAGAUGUUCAUAAAUCAAAUAAUUGCCGUAUUAUACAUUUAUCUCUAUUUUGAAUAUUUGUGUGAUAAAAUGGCUGUAACAUAACUUGUAUAUCAUUCUCUAUACAUGCAUUCUAAUAGUCAUUCAGAUUUGAUACAUAUACUGUACGGAACAUUUUUACUUAAACUAACCAAAUUUUUACUUUUAUAAUGAAACUAAUAAAUAAAGCAAAAAAAUGCAGACAAAAUAACUAACAAUGAUAUUUUAGUUGACAUAGUUAAUUAAAUGAGAGUUAAAUAAUUUAAAAAUUGUAUAGUUUUACUUGAGUAACUUAAUGUAAUAAAUUAUAAUUUAAAAAAUAAUUUUUUUAGUACAGGUUCAAAUUUUAUAAAUAUUGUGAAAAUUGUUUUAUUUUCAGUGCUCCUGAAUAUUUUGAUAAUACUUGGUUUUCUAAAAUAAAAGUUGAAGUUGGAGAAAACUGGAGAUUAAAAGUAAUUUAUGAUAACAUCUAUUAAUUUUAAUAGAUAUAAAUACUCCUUACUAUUCAAUAAAUUCUUACAUAAUUCUAGGUCAGUAAUCUAAAAAAAAUUGUAGAAAAAAUCCAUGAUUUUUAUCAAGACUCUGAUACUCAACACAUUGGAAAUUUUGUUAAACCUGAUGUAAUUAAAAUAGGUAAUAAUAUUUAUUUUUAUGGGAAAUAUCUAAACAUUUUUGGUUAAUAAAGGCUACAAUAAUGUAGAUAUAUUAAUAAAAAAAUAAUUUUAAAUAAUUCUUUUUUUAUUUGCUUAUAAUUUCAAAAUCAUUUUUAUUCAGGUGACCAAUAUAAUACUGUUGAAAUCGCUCGUUUAUUGCAACUUAUUUUAGGGUGUGCUGUAAAUUGUCGAAAUGCACAAAGUGAGUAAAUUAAUUUUUUUUUUUAGAAUAAUUUAUUUAUAUUUUUUUCACUUUAGAUUAUAUCACAAACAUAAGAUCAAUGGAUGAGAAUUCUCAGACUGUAAUAAUGCAGUGUAUUCAAGACUUAGAACGAAUACAAGGACAUUCUCAAAGCAUUAUUAAUACAAAUUUUGGAAUUGAUUUUGAUGGUCAAGAUCAAAUUCGACAACUUCUCACAGAACUUGAGUCAGUAACUCUUGCUAGAGAUCAAAUGACUCAACGUUGUCUUGAACUUGAUUCUCAGGUAAUUGUAUUUCAUUAGAUAAUAAAAUAAAUACAUUUUUUUUAAAUGUUGAUAUGAGAGAAAUUUGGUUUUUUUUAAAUUGAUAAAGAAAAUUUAGUUUAUUAAUAUUUUUGAUAAAAUAAAACAGUGGAAUUUGAAUUAUAUGAGUUAUAUGAGUUAUAUUUUUGUGAAAAAGUGUAGUUUAGUUUCUAAGCUAGUUUUUAAUUUGUUUUUUUUUUUCAAAGAGUGUUCUUGUUCUGAAUUUGUUGGUAUCUACUUAAAAUCUGUUAGAUUUCGUUCUUAAGUUAUUGAAAAACCUUAUUUACCUUACACUGCUUACAGACACUUCCAUACUUUGAACUUAUCUAGUAUAGCUAUCAGCUUGUUUGUUUUUAGAUACCUCUAAAAUGUUAUAUUAUAGUUAUUUUUCCAUUAAUUUUUUGGGGUGAAAUCACUGUCCCACUUGACUUUCAAAUAGUAACUUAUAUUCAAAAUUAUAUUAAUAAAUUAUAUUUUAGUGUAACAUUUUGGUGUUAAAAUAUUUAAUUUUCACCAACCUGUUGACAAGGCUUUCCACUUUUUAAUUUGAAUAGGGAAGAGUAGUAUUAUUUGUGUGACAGCUUCAUAGAAUGUGGUGUUAGAAUAUUGUUCUACUACUACUCUUUUACCAAAACUUAAAAAUGUAAUAUUUUUUCAAUGGGUUACUGAAAAUUGAAAAUCUCAGCCCAAAAAGAAAGUAUUUAAACUAGAAUUUCAUCUAUGUAUGAAAUUUUUAAUAUACAUUUUUAUUUGAAAAUCCAGAAAUUACAUUCAAUCUAUUCAAUCUUUCCCCGAAAACCAAAUAAGAAAUCACAUUCUAAUCAAAGCUGUACUAUUAAAAAAGUAAUAGAUGAAAAAAUGAAGUCCACAUAAACCUUAGGCUUAACACCUUGUCCAUUGAAAAUAAUCUUUACCAAAACAAAAAAAACAGUUUGAAGAGAUCAAACAUAUAACCAUCUAGUUAUAAAACUUAUUUGGGAAACAAUUAAAAUUAGUUUUAUCAAAAUAUUAUAAUUUAUAAUUAUUUAUUAUAGUUAAUAAUAUUACAUUUAAAUUAAGUUAUAACAUGGCAUUAAUUAAAUAAUAAAUUAUUUUUAGAAAAUCAAACCAAAUAUUACUAUUCUGUACUCUACAAAAUCUAUAUUACUUUUAAUGCUUCAAACUAAAUCCAUAUCAUUAUAUUGUUAAGCUGUAAUAAUGUAUAUUAUAUGUAGAUUAUUAAUUAUUCUUAAAUGUUUAUCUUUUAGAUUAGUUUAUUACAAGAAGAAAAAAAUUACAUUUUAGUUGAAAAGAAACUUUUAGAAGAUAAAGUACUUGUAGAUCCUUUAAAAGAUUGUGGUCAGAGGAGACAAAUUGAUAAUCUUAAAGAAGAAUUAUAUAAAGCUGAAACUGGUAAAUCGUAUAUUUGUAUUAAUUAUAAUAUAUCUACUGUAUAAAUUGCAUAAAAACUAAUUUAAAAUUAUAAUAAAUUAGCAUUGUUCAAGUGGUUUAUAAAAAUGCAAUAUAUAUAUAUAUAUAUAUAUUUAAUUUUUAGCUAGAGAUGACUAUAGGAUAAAAUUUGAAAAUCAAGAAAGAGAAAUGAUCCAAUUAAAAUCCAAGUUUGAACUUUUACAAGAAACUGCUGGAGAAGCAAGACUUCUAAAAGAUGAAUUAGAUAUUCUUCGAGACACAGCUGACAGAGUUGAAAAAUAUGAAACUACUUUACAAUCGUAUAAAAAGAAACUUGAAGGUUUAGGUGAUUUAAAACGACAAUUAAAAAUAUUAGAAACUAAAAAUAUUGCUUAUAUUCAACAAAAUAUGGAAUUAGAACAGGUGAAACUAUAUUAUGUUUAGACUAUUUACUUAUAAUGCAAAUUCUAAAUUUGUAUUUAUUCAAAUUGAAUAAACAUUAUAGGAAAUUAAAAAAGCUGCUAUUUGUAAAUCACAAUUAGAAGUGUAUAAAAAACAAAUUACUGAAUUACAUCAUACAUUAAAUGAGGAAGCAAAUAAAACUGAUAAAUUAGAAUUUGAAAAUAAAAAACUAACAGAACAUUUCAAUACCCUACAAAAAGAAAAAGAAGUAAUUACUUUUAUAAUUUUUUCUAACAUACUUAAGUUAAUCUUAAUAUUUUUUUUAGAGAUUAGUCAUUGAAAGAGAUUCAUUAAGAGAUGCAAAUGAUGAGUUAAAAUGUUUUCAAAUUCAAAUGAAAAAAGCUAAUACUUUAGAUCAUUCAGAUACAAGCACUUCAGAUGAAUUAGAAUCAGCAAUGGACCUCAAGUUUGUUUAGUACACUAUUUUUCAUUUAACUAUUAUUAUUAUUGUGAGAUUUGAUAUGUAUUUACAGACAAAAAUUAGUUAGACUUCAACAUGAAAACACAAUGUUAAAAAUGAAUCAGAAAGAACCAGAAGAAGAAAAAAUGUCUGUUCUACAAACUCUUUUAGAUGAAACAAUGCAACAAUUCAAUGACCUACGGUUGGAUAAUAGGUACUAUGAUUUAAUAUAUUUUAAUAAAAUAUAAAUAGGAACUAAUAUCCAUAAUGGUUCUUUUUUCCAUACAAUUUUUUCAACUUAUACUUAGUGAUUUUAGUUUUCUUCUUAUUUAAUUUUAAAUAGUGUGUUAUUUAGUAUUAAUUUACUAAAUGACACAUUAAAUACAAAUGGUUAUUUUUUUAGUGUCUAAAAUUUGUAUUUUACAAAAAUGUAUACUUAAACACUGUUAUUUAUCAUUAAUAUAUUAAUAUUUAACAUCAUUAAAUCGCAGAAAAGCUAAUCAGAAGAUACUGGAAUUGGAAAGUGAACUUAUUCGCCAAAGAGAAGUUAAUUCUAAUGAAUUAAAAAUUAAAGUCACUGAAUUACAAAACCAGCUUCACUGUGAACAGGUUAUUCAAUCAUUGGAUAUUGAAGAAAAAAAUACAACUAUUUCUGAUAAAGGUUUUUUUUUUUACAAAUUUAAACUUAUAUUGAAAACAUAAAUGAAAAUAUUAAAUUGAGAAACUUUAAAUUAUACAAUAUGUCAAAACAUACCACUAAGAUAAAUACUUAUGAAAAUAUGAUAUCAACAAUAAUGAGAAACAAGCCCAAGUACAUGUAACCAUGUACAGUAUUGUGCAUGUGAACAAAAUAAAAUCAAUAUUUUUUUUGUGUUUAAGAGUAUUAACUUUUUACUAAUUGUACUGACUAUCUUAAUUAUCCAAUAAAAAAAUUCUGAAAACAUAUUUGGAUUCAACAUGUAAUUUACUUUAAACUGACUUUUCUACUCUUUUAAAAAUUUAUCUUUUGAAGUUUUAACCCUUGACAAUUUGAUUAGUAAAGUUUAAAAAAAAAUGAAAAAAAUUGCUUUCAAAUAAACUUAUAUAUUCAAGCAUGUUUUAAAAAAUGUUAUCUGACUAGGAUUAUGGGUACAAACAGCAAAUUAUAUAUUUAUUUUGAUAAAAAAAACAGCUGGUAUCCAAUCUAUUUAAGAGAUUUUCAUUAUGUAUUUCCCUCAUCUCCAUAAGACAAGUCAAAGUAUUUCAAAAUGUUUUUAAUAAUAAUAGAUCUAUCUUAUUGUUAUAUCAUAGAUUGUAUGCCUUCUUUAGUGAUUAUAGUUAUACUAUCUCUUAUAAGAAACAUCAGUCUUUAAUAAUAAAUUCCAAUCAGUAUCAUCAUUGACAAUAGCAUUAUUAUAUAAUAUAAAAUAUACACUAUACAUAAUAUAUUUUUCAUUGAAUUUAUAAAUGUUUAUAUUAUUUUCAGAUCAGUUAAUAAAUAUACUUCAAGUUUCUUUAAAUCAAAAAGAUAUAGAAAUUCAAGAAUUGCAGGGCAAACAUAAAACUUGUAUUGAUAAAGCAAAGUCUGUGGUACGAUGUUUAGACACUAAAAAUAUUGUGUUAUCUGAUGUGGAUACAAGAUUAUUGCAAAAUAAAUUACUGAAAGCUAAUGAAGAAAUAUGUAAUUUAAAAGUAAGUAAACACCUAUCUUGCAUACCACAAAAUAAUUAAAAUGUAUUUUGUAUUACCUUAGAGAGAACUAGAAAAUUAUAAAACAUCUCGAGAUAUGGAAGAAAAAUUAAUGUCUACUGCUUUUUACAAAAUGGUAAUUACCAUCAUAAUUGUAUAUAAUAAUUAUUAUUUAAUUGCUUAAAUUAUUCUCAAAAGCAGACUGGUCCUGUGGGAUGGUGGGAGCAGUCCUACAAGGACUACUGGUUUUAUCGGGCUGGACUUUAGACAUUGAUUGUCUAUUAAAUUUAUAUACAUUUAGAGCAUAAUAUUAUUAGUUAUAUUAAUAUAUUAUUGUGUGUAAAUAUUAUUGUAACAUCAAUUUAUCAUUAUUAUUAUUCUCCUUCACCUUUAUCCCAACUAUUUGAAGUCAACCAUCCUUGUUCUAAACUUCCACUUGACCAGAUUUCUCUAUCUCCCAUAUUGUGUACCCAGUUGUCCUCAUAUCAUUCUCAUUAUGAUAAUAAUAUAUUAUGUAUUUUUUUUAACUUUAUUAUAGGCCCAAACUAAGAUGCAAGAAUCUGUUGAUCAAAGAAUCAUAAACAAAGGGCUGCUUCAUAGUCAAACAUUCUUAUCAAAACAAAGGCAAAAAACAAAUAAAACAGUUGAAUUGCCUAUUAUUUCAAAAUAAAUUUGUUGUUGUGGAAAUCAUUUUACCCUAAAAUCAAAAUAAUGGUCCUGUAAUAACACAAUUCUAUAGGAUUGGAGAAAAUAUUUCCAUUCAUAACAGGUGAAAUUCCACUUUAGGAAUAUUCAUAUUUUCAUUUUAUGCAGUUAAAUGUCCUUCUGUUCUUUAGAUGGGUUGUAUUACGAAUCUAUUUAAUGAUCUAUCUAAUAAAAAAAUAAAAUUAAUUAUAAUUUUUCUCAAAAAGCAAUAAUAUCGAACUUAACUUAGUUAAUUGAGUUUAGACAUUUUAAUGUUAGAAAAAUAAUUUAUUUUUAUUUAUUUACUAGUUUUUGACAACAUAAGGAAAUGUGAUUUCUUUAUUUAGAAAUUAUUUUAAGAUUACCUAGUAAAAAUGUUCUAAAAAAAUUAUAUUUUGAAGGAAAAAAAAUUUCUUUAUUUUGAAAAAGAAGUAAUUGAUUGAAUUAUUAUUGAUAUUAGUAUUAAGCUUUGUAUUCAGUAUUGUAUUGUUGUAUUUUUAAAUGAUAAAUAAUAAGCAUAUCAUUAAUGUUAAAAAAAAAC